AUGGAAGAUGGGCAUGAAAACAUUGCUAUUGAUGUUGAUAUCGAGAAUGUUGAUAUCAAUGACAUAGAUGGUAAAGAUGAGGAGAAACACGAGGUAGAAGAAGCCGAAAGUGAUAAUGGUGGUAGAAAAAGGAGGAAAGACUCGAUUUUAUGGGAUCAUUUUAUUAAGCCAGAUCCAAUUCCACCCCAAGGUGUAUGUGUCAAGUGUAAGUAUUGUCCACAAUCUUAUGCUGAUGAUCUCAGUAAGUAUGGUACUAGAUCUAUGAAAAAACAUUUGACAAAUUUGUGUAAGAAUUGUCCACUAAGGGUUGAUAAAAAAAAACGGGCUGCACCUUGGCCAGACCCAAUUGUUCAAUCAUAUAAUCCAUAUCGAUAUGCAUUAAAAGAGAAAAUGGUUGAUCCUUUAAUCCCAGCGUACUACUGCCUAAUAUCCUCCCGUGUCGAUUUUUCUAGGGACGGUAAACAUUUUGCUACCGCCUCCGCUGAUGGUAAAAGCAUCAAACUCUUUGAUUGUUCUAAAAAUCGGUUCUAUCCUUGUGCUUUUUUGGGUCGACCUCACAAUGGCGUCAUAUCUUCCAUCGUUUUCUCACCCGAUGGGAAAUAUUUUGGCAGCACUUCCAACGACCGUAGAGUUAAAGUCUGGGAUGUUAGCACCCUACGUCUCUUGUCCACUCUGAUAGGUCAUACAGAUUUGGUGUUCUCUGUAGACUUCAGCCCUGGUAGCCAAAUUUUUGUUUCUGGAUCAGUGGACAAGACACUUCGCAUAUGGGAUAGCAGAACCAACCGCGGAGCACUUGUGAUGGAUGGGCAUACUGCCGGAGUGACUUCGAUCCCUUACAGCUAUGAUAGAAAGGAGAUAGCAUCCAGCAGCUAUGCUGGGUCUUUUAGAACUUGGGACGUCGCGCUCGGAGUAGUUACCUGA